AAGCUGGUGGAAUGUUCUCGCAAGUUUCUUCAGUGUUCUUCCUGUGCUGGAACUCUGAUGCAACUGUGUUUGUUAUGGCAGUUUGUGUGCCAUAACAAUAAUACUGAAUGCUUAAAUGAGCGUAUUUGAUCUCUUCCGUGGGUUUUUCGGGGUCCCAGACGGUCGUUAUCGUGGUGAUGGCCGAAGGGACCCUUUUUUUGAUGGGAUGGUGCAUGAAGAUGACGAAGACGAAGACGAUGACAGCGGAUUUAACUACGAUGACUUUAAUAGGCCUCAUCGAGACCCGUUUGAUGAUGUCUUAAGGUUUGGUUUCAGUUUUGGUCCCAGUGGGAUGCGCUUUGAGGAACCUCAGGCAUUCGGGCAGAUAUUCAGGGAGAUGGAAGAGAUCUUUGCUGGUCUAGGCCGCUUUUAUGAGAGAGGCAGAGGUGUACCAUCAAUAGAAGCUCCGCCUCCUCAUGAAGGUACGGAUAAAGGCAGGGGUAGAGGAGGAAGUGGGAACACCCUCAGGGAUUUCAUGUUAAAGUCUCCUGAUACUUCUCCCCACAAUCCAUCUCUCCCUCCCCCCUCUGUGGCACCAAAGGAUGGGGACUCUUCAUCUCCACCAAGCCACAGCAACAGACCCUUCUCAAAGUUUCAAGAUCUUUGGAAAGAUGGUCUUUUAAGACCAAAGACGGAAGAGAAAUUUGAAGAUGGAGAUCUGGAUUCACAGGUGUCAUCAGGUGGACUGGAUCAGAUCUUGACACCCGCACCUUCACAGCCAAAGAUGAGGUCAUUUUUUAAAUCUGUUAGCGUCACCAAGGUGGUCAGACCAGAUGGGACUGUAGAAGAAAGGCGAACAGUCAGAGACAGUGAAGGUAAAGAAGAAACUACAGUGACCAUCUCAGGAGGUCCAGGUGCCCAGGAUGGGCCACAAGAUCAAACUGGUCCUCUCAUACCAGGUAGUUCAAGACCCUCUGCUGACAUGCAAGAUGAUUUCUCUUUGUUUUCGAAGUUAUUUGGAGGCUUUCGAGGCUAAAAAGCUCAGGACACAAAGGACAAACGUUUUUGUAAUCUUUCUCCAGCCCAGCAAACCCAAUCCCUUCAAGCUACAGAGAGAAAGAACAGUUUAAUUUAAUAUCGAGUGUAUAUAGGUCCAAUAUAUUUGUGCAAAAGGAUCCAUUAAUCCAACAGAUACUGGUGAAGCUGAUGUGUUUGUGAUUGUCUAGAGUUAGGAAAAAGACUUAAUUAACACAUCCACAAAAUACUCUAAUAAAUCAGCUAGUUAUGCCAUUAAAUCUGAUGGUUUGAGUAUGUUUAAGGACCAUUGAUAACAAAAAUGUAGUCAAGGUUUAUGGAAUGACCCCACAGAUUAAUAGCCCAUGAGAGUUUAAUAUAUGUAUAAUUUAUAUUUUUAAAGGUGUUUUCACUCUCAGAGAGAAAUAAAUGAAAAACAGUGAGAUCUGCCUUGGUUUCUUUUCGUUUUUAUGUAGAACACAGAUUAGCAUGACUAGCAUAACAUUCAGAAAGAGUUCAUUUUAGCAAGAACAAUGCGUUCCGUUAUGAACACAUUUGUUGAAACUCCUCUUCAUAGAAAUUUGAAGAAAUAGUGACUUGGCAAAUA